CUCAGCAGGCUGAGCCAGCGCCAGUCUCGUCUGCAUGACGCCACCACACACACUCACACAGCUGAUUCCAGGAGCUUCUGCAGCUUCUGUUGUUCUGGACACUCAGCACGGAGCGGACAAGUCAAGUGUAAGUUGGAAGAAGAGCGAGAACCCGGGAGUGGAGGAUUUAACCAAAGCUGAAAGAGAGUAAGUGAGACGCAGGAAGCUGCAGUUAUGAAGAAAGUGACUGAAACUUUGCAUACAUGAACGUGGAUUGAUUGCUUGAAAGGAAGACGGUUCAACUGGAGGUCGGUGGCAAAAAGACUGAAUUGAGGAUCAUUUUUGCCAAGUUAAUGCAGAGAGGAUUCAAGUUUGGUUGAAGAUUUCUGUAUGAGCCACCCUAUCUGGACUGACAUUGGGGUCACCACAUCCACCCUUUGGAAACUGUCAUGAUGAUUCACAACACCCUGAAGUCCACUCAGCCAUCAGAAACCAGCCACAGGAGAACAAAUUCAGCCGCUCAAAGAAAGCUGUGGCGAUAUUCCGGCUGCAGAGGGGGCAACCAGGUGGAAAGUCACCGACGUAGUGUUUGCGUGUUGACUGCUGACCUAAAUGGUGGAGAGGGUGGAGGGAGAGGAGGCGGUGGUGUGAUGCACACCAUCCACGGGUUGUGUCACCUUUGCAUCGGAUGCAGGUUGCCUCAGGUGAGCAUCCUUCGAGGGAAGGAUGGAUAUGGAUUCACUAUUUGCUCAGAUUCCCCCGUGAGGGUACAGGCUGUUGAUCCAGGGGGUCCAGCGGACCAGGCUGGUCUACAGCAGCUGGAUACCCUUCUGCAGUUAAAUGGUCAACCAGUGGAACAGUGGAAAUGUGUGGACUUGGCCCAUGCAAUAAGAAACAGUGCCAAUGAAAUUACAGUGGUGGUGUGGCGCACCGGUCCCUCAGCUAAGCCUAGUUUUGAAGGCCUUAUCCAUCGACCCUCCUACAAACCCUCAACUUCAAACUACGAUGCACCCUCACCACCCACACGCAGGCAUGCACCAGAUCUUGGCCCGAGCAAACCUCCUCCAGCUGUGCCGCCUCUCCCAGUGCACCACCGCCCUACUGCGGCCCGCAGGCCACUUGUGAAUGGUUCUGAAACUGGAAAUAGUGUCGGAGAGGGAAGAGGGACGCUGGCCUGGGGAGCCCACAUGGGGUCGGCUGAGGAACUGGAUGGAAAACCCCGUCUCAUCCAUCAUCCUCCGACUGCCACGUUAAAGGGAACCAGGGUGAAGGCAUCCAAUGGGGACAAUUACAUCAUCCUGGCACCCAUCAACCCUGGAAGCCAGAUAUUGAGGCCUGUUUAUCCUGACAACCAGGGUACGCUAGCUGCAGGUUACAACAGAUUAUACCCCACACGGCAGACAUCUGGUCCACAACCUCAGAGUGGUGGUGGGGCUUUUUCUGGGGGAGUUAGCAGUGGUGGUGGAGGCUUCUCCAGCCGUACUGGCUUCCUACGACGAAGUAACAACUCCAAGGUGUCAAAGGGGUCAUCCACCACAGCCAAUGCUGGCCUACCUAACUACCAACAGCAGAAUGCCAAUUUUGCCAACUACCAGAACUGUACAAUUGUCCGCUCACAUACUCCACAUGCCAACUAUGGAUAUGUCAAAGUCGCACCGAAGAUCCUCAUCUUUCCCAUAUUUGUUCAGCCUCUUGACCUGUGCAGCCGAACACUCAUCAUAUCUGAAGAGAUGAUUCUACAUGAGAGCAAGCACCACUCUUUGAAGGUCACAGUGUUUGUCUACAAUGACUUGUUGCUCAUAACGAGAGAAAAUGAGCCAGGCAGAUGUAACGUCCUGCAGAGUCCCCUGUACCUCAGACACCUCCGUCUACAGGACGAUUAUACUGAUGGGAUGAGGUUCUACCUGAUCCACAUGACUGAGAAGUGUGACUGCCUGCUCAGCCUGGAAGCCUACUCAGCGGACCAGAAGCGGCGUGUGUGUCAGUGCCUGAAGGACAACAUUGACAAGCAGCUCCAGCUUCACAGGAGGGAACCUGGCGUUCCGCAUUUUGAACAGAUGUUGGAGCCUAAGGUGGAUGCCUAUUCCUGUGAGCUGGGUGGUGUAGAGGGAGAUGGAGAAAGCGUGGGCCUCCACAUGCCGACGCACAGCCCAGAAGGUGAGGACAGCAGCCUGUGUCCCUCCAGCCCCUCAGAGCCUGCAACACUUGGAAGUCCUCACCCAUCAGAGCCACUCACACCUUUGGAUGAAGUCUACACACCCCUUGGAGGUCUGCUGAGAUCUGGGUACCGACAUAAGGUGCCUCCCACACCACCUCCUUCCACAGAAGGCGAGGAUUCAAAGAGCAUAGAGGGGAAUGAGAUGGACAUAUGGAAAGGGAGUAAAGAUGAAGAGGAGAAGGCAGCAGAAGAGGAGGAGGAAGGGAUCAGCCAAAGGAGUGAGGAAGGGGAGAAAGAUGGAGAUGUAGAGGAAGAAGACAGAUGUGAAGAAGAGGUCAACCUAAACCUUGUGGUGUCAAACACAGAUGAGGACAAUGUCUCAGAGCCGCCAGACACUAAUGCCCCCCCUUCCUCCUCCUCCUCCUCGUUUGUCAUUCCUGAGCUGCGUCUUGAUCGCUCCUUCAGCGCUGACGCCCUCUCCUCCCCCAACACAGAUGAAGAAGAAUACGAAGAAGAGGAAGAGUCCGAAGAGGAGGAUGACGAAGAUGAGGAAGACGACAGCGAUGAUGCUUACUUACAGCGAAGCGACAGCAAACGCCGUAGUAUGGUGGAGGGUGCAACGUGUGAGAAGCACGGUGGAGGGCGGCUCAGCGUGCAAAAUUCCCUCCGCCGGCGUACGCAUAGUGAAGGCAGCCUCCUGCAGGAGCCCCGCACGCCCUGCUUCACCUCUGACAAUGCCAUCAACUGUAUGGAAGCUGGGGGUGUGCACCACAAGGGCGGAUGGACGCUUCCAUCACCCAAAACCUUGAAGAAAGAGCUGAUGAAGAACGGGGGCUCCAUGCACCAACUGUGUAUGCUUUUCUCUGGGAGGAAGCUGAGCGCUGGAUCCCCCUGCAGCUGCGAGGUCAGCCCUGACGGCACAAAGAAGAAGAAGUCCAAGAACCUGGCCAAAGACAUGAAGAAUCGUCUGGCUUUCCUGCGGAGGAGGAAUGAGUCUCCAGGAAGCAACCCAGCCGGGAAGUUAGACAAAUCUAUGAAGUCGGUCAAGCCCACCCCAGAGGAAGCGCUCAAAUGGGGGGACUCGCUUGACAAGCUGCUGACUCACAAAUAUGGUCUGGCAGCCUUCAGAGCUUUCCUACGCACCGAGUUCAGCGAGGAGAAUCUGGAAUUUUGGCUAGCAUGCGAGGAAUACAAGAAAAUAAAGUCGCAGUCCAAGAUGGCAUCAAAAGCCAAGAAAAUCUUUGCUGAAUAUAUUGCUAUACAGUCUUGUAAAGAGGUUAAUCUGGAUUCAUACACUAGAGAUCACACUAAGGACAACCUGCAGAAUGUGACACGCUCCUGCUUUGACUUAGCACAGAGGCGGAUAUACGGGCUGAUGGAAAAGGACUCGUACCCCCGCUUCCUGCGCUCAGAACUCUACUUGGACUUAAUUAACCAAAAAAAGCCCAGCGCCACAUCAACCUCAUCCUCAUCGUAAGAGAUGAGGAAGGACAUAAGGAGAAAUGGGGAGACUUGAAAACAAAAACCAACAGUGAUUGGGAUGUGAGCUUCAUUGUUCGCCGUUUUAUUUUUUGUAUGUAUGUGUGUGUGUGUGUGUGUCAUCCUGUUCACUAUGAUUUUUGUUAUGUGUGAGAGUAGAUAAGCAAGGUAAUGGCACUUCAAAGGAUUGUAGUUUACAGUUACCAGAUGGAUAGAUGGAUGAAUGGAUGGAUGUUACUAAAUUUAUGGGAGGCCAAAAUGCAAGGGCUGGAGCAGGAAAUGGACACCUGUCUGAUCACUGUUUCUGAUGUGCUUUUUUAUGCUAAGGUCAGAAAAAUAUCCGUUUCUUUGUGUUUUUGCCCAGUUGUACUGGAGAAAAAGGAGGGGUUGCAACAAAAACCCUGUAGACAUGAAGACAGUCCGGUACUGUUUUGUCACUCUUUCCCUUCUUGCUUCACCACAUUCUCCUCUGUGAAAGAACUUCAAAGCUGUUGGUACGAUUUUCUUUAUUUUUUUUCCCCCUCUCCUGUCAUCAGAGCUUUGGUGAUGGAAGGGGGGGAAAACAAGGUGUUUGAAUCAUAAUUACCUUUCUGUUAAACUUUCCAUUCACUCAAAGCUUCUGUAGCUGCUUCUGUAGCUGCUUUUUCUAUUCAAGACUGGACACGACAAAGGAGAUAGACAAGCAAAGAAGACGAACGGCUGAACCGGAGUUGUGUUGAAACGCCGAUGUGAGAACGACUCUCAUCCAAGCACAUUAAAAGUUUGAAGCUGGAGUUGGACAAACAAAAGACGACUUGCUUCCUGUCUCCAAAGACUCUUUACUAAAAGGAAUUGAAAAUCCGAAAGAAAACAGACUUAGCUAUAAAGUGAUAUGAAAAGAAGUUGCCUACAUCUCCUUUAACAUUGUAGCUGAUUCUGGACUAAUCAGGAAGCAUUCUCAGGACAUUGCUAUUAUUACAGGUUACAGCUAGGUUUAUCUUCUUCACUGUUACUGGUUUUCUAUAAACAUUUGUUAUUUUUUUCCAACACGCUUUAGGGAUCCAACCUGCACUCCCUUAUCCUACUGCGCUACGCACAAAGGUUGCUCGUUUUCUAGCCAGAGCAAAAAAAACUGUUUCUUGUGUACAAAGGUUUGCCUAUUUAUUUAGAUUAAUUUGCCGGAUGCCUCUAAAGGCACACCUUCAAGUCCUUUAAAGCACUCGUCCUAAAGCUUUUUACUUUCCUCUUAACCACCAAACAGGUCCAAUGCUGUCCUGAACUUUUAAGUGCAAUAGUUUUUAUUUUUUUAUUUUAUUUUAUUAUCAUGUUUGGUUUGUUCAUUUAUUUAGAUACAUUUGAAUUCUUAAUGAGAAAGACGAAACGGCUUGAGCUCUGCAUUAUCUUUUAUUUGUUAAGAGAAACCUACUUAGAGCUAUAAGGUUGACUUACGUAAACUUCGUUAAGCAUAAGUACUUCAUUGAGUUUUAAGCGACUGAUUCUGUGUUAACACCCUAGCAGCAGGCAGCUGGGGAAGUAAGGGUUGUAAAUAUAAUUGUUUAAGAAAACUAUGUGAUAACACAUUAAAAAAAACAAGAAAAAAAAGUUAUCUGCUGGUAUGAGUAAGAGACCCAGCUGUAUCUAUGUAAAUACAAGAGACCCAAAACUAUAAGAUAACAUGUAUUGUUAAAAAUAUGUUAGAGCAGGUACAAUCUGCUCUAUUUCCCCUGGUCAUACACUGCUUGUAAGGAGUUUUCUGAAAUGCAUUUGAUCAUUUUCACUGUUUACAAUUUAAAAUGCAUCUCCUAUGAUAGCAAGUGAAAACAGUAGAGUACAUUUGGUGUCAUUGCUAAUGAUAAAUAAACCAACCAACUGAAAAAGUAAA